AUGCGAAUUGCUGAUUCUCCCGCCCAGCCAGAGAUUGCACCACCCGUGGCCCCAGUGUCAUCGCCACCAGAGCAACCGACACCGACACCGACACCGACAUCGACAUCGACACCGACACCGACACCGACAUCGACACCGAGACCAACGACGUCCCGAUGCCCACCAGGUCGGACUGGCCGAACUGACUGGCCAGCAGUCCUAUCGGGAUCGGUGCGAUAUCGGCCGAUUGAGCCGCAUGUACAUGCCCCGACAGCCUCAUCUCAUUUGUUAACUCGUCGCUCGGCCACUCGGAGUCUACCCUCAGUCGACCGGACUGCCGCCUGA